UAUCGAGCAGGCUAAUAAUUUUAGGCUACAACAGGAGAUCUACCUACCUAGUCUUAUCUUUGGAAGAGUAUAUUUUGCAGCCCAGCCUUGGAUUGCUCUGCAGAUUGAGUUAUGGCGGGAAAAAUCCUAUCGUCCUAUUCACCAUUUGCUGUAUUCAGUAAAGACGACGUUCUCCCUGUGCUGGAUGGAAGAGGUCUGAGGAUUGAUGAGAGGACGCCAGAAGAAUGUCGGCCAGCUUUCCUCAAGACGGGGACCAUCUCUCAGGCGACCGGCUCAGCGUAUGCUGAGUUUGGCAACACCAAGGUCUUAGUUGGAGUGUAUGGGCCAAGGGAGACAAACCGGACCUCGGUGGAUGUGGGGAGGCUUGUUUGUGAUGUGAAGGUGGCGACGUUUGCGACUCCAGUGCGAGGCAAAUAUGGGCAAUCGAAGGACGACCGCGAGUAUGGGGUGAUGUUGCACAGAUCAUUAAUUGGAGCCGUUGAUGUCCACGCUUUUCCUGGGUUGACUGUUGAUGUGUUUGCACUCAUUCUUCAGUCGGGAGGCGCAGACAUCGCAGUUGUGACGACAUGCGCAUCUAUGGCACUUGCACAUGCGCGAGUCCCUAUGCAUGACCUGGUAGCAGCAACUUGUGUCUCCUAUGUUGAUAAGGAGCUACUACUCGAUCCGUCAACAGAGGAGGAGAGGCAGGAGGAUGGAGCGCUGUAUUUGGCAGCAAUGAGUGGUAAGAACGAGGUCACCCACUUUACAAUGAAAGGCGAGUGGUCGCAGGAAAGGACAGCAGAGGCUGUUGGCAUGUGUAUGGAUGGUUGCAUAAAGCUCUCUGAGUUGGUUGAUUCAUUAUUGAAAGAGCAAACAGAUGUUUGACAGCAAAUGAUCUUGUUUUUCAAAGAGAAUUGAAGCGUUAUGUUUUUCAGUGCAAGUUUUGUCCUCGGCUCCGGGAAGGUGAGAAUUGAAAGAGUUCAAUUAUAACUUCACAAUACCUACACACACGAGGGACUGAAUUGCAAGUGGAACGUAGCUUGACGGGUGAGAAAUGCGCCAAAACUGUAGUGGCACAUAGCUCGCAAUGAUAGAGAUGGCAAAUAAGGAAUGUUCCCAGAACUCUCAUGCAGUUGGAUGAGAGGAGUGAUUGAGGGGCUGCUGCUGUAAAGUUUUGAUCAUUUUGAUUGUUUGUUUCCCACGGUUCUGCCACAUUAUGCAUGCCCUCACUUCGCGUCACGUAGAUGUUGAAAUUGAAAUGUGCGCAUGGGCAGGUAUUGUCGCGAAGUGAACCUGGUCAAGGUUGUGGGCCAACUUCCUACGUCCGUGUCUUAUAUCUGCUGCCUCGCUUAGCGGUGGUCAUGAGCAUGUUCACGCUAGGACCUUUUACGCUGAUCUCUGGGCAUAAUUGCGGUUAAAUACCUCCAGAGGGUCCCAGUGUGAGGAUGCUCUUGAUUGUUACGAAAGAAUGUUUGUUUUCGUACGAGGGCUCGUCGAGCCACUCUGGAUGUUGGAUUCUGAGCACUGUUGCUGCCCCAGACUGUGCGUUUGAGAGAGAUGCCAAACACACAGCUGACAGUGCAGUUCUUCGUUGUCCCUUCGGUGAUUGGUUAUGAUGUGCACAAGAGGUGUGUGUCUGCCUGGAGUUAUCACCUUCAACUUUGCUUUUUUUUGUUUGCCGGCACGACUUGACGCCGACGUCAGAGUUUUGGUAGAACAUGAAAAUGGAAGGAAAACAUUCGGUAGUCUUGCCAAACUGACGGAGAGCCAUACGUGUGUGCAUGGGGCUGGUCGGGGGGGAGGCAAGAAGGUCUGUGAGUGGCAAGGAAAGUUUGUGGGGUGUAUAUAUGUGCAUGCAGAGCUUGUGUGGGCAAACACAAGCGUGGUAUUGCAACGUAUGUAUGGAUUGAUCAAGUCAACCUUGUGCAUGCUCUCGUUAGCGGUUCUGCCUGCUCGGUCGAAUCAUCCCAUCUUGACAAUUGGAGCAUAAAUGUGUUACGGGAAAAAACCUACUGCGUUUGAUGGAUGCCUUUCUCGUGUGUGAGAUAUCGAAGAUGCCGAUUGUUGUCUGUUGGCACUGCAGUCGUUGCGUCAGCAUUUUUGUCAUGCGAAGGUUGUUGGUUUGCUCCAUCCUUACGGCAUCCCUACAGCAAGAGCCCUCAUGCGUUACAUGGACAGCAGGGUGUCCACAGCACAGGGUCAGUCCCGUGCUUGCCUGACAUGGUCUGAUCUGCUGUUUGAAUCCGGGAAAGAGGUCCUCCUCCUGUCUGUGUCGAACCUGCACGAUUGCUUCCAUGUG